AAACACACUCAAGUUUGAAUCAGAACGAUAGGCCAUAGGACGAGUGACGUGAGUUUACAAGUAUUACAAGUUUUAAAUAUUCUUUAUUAAUUAUUCUAGUUAAAGUAAUAAAAAUAAUUGAAAUUUAUAUGAUUAUUUUAUAGUAAUACAUUACAUUAUUGACAUACUACUGCUUUUAAGUCAUGGGUAAAAAGGACAAGAAAAAAGGCAAAGGAGCUGAGAAGACUACAAAGAAAACAGAAAAGAAGGCUUUUCAGAAACUGAAAAAGGAAUUGGUCGCGAAAGGAGAAGAAGAUAUUGAAAGUCUGAUAGCUAAGUUUCAAGAAGAAGAUUGCAAAAAACAAAAAGUUAUUGAAGAACAAUGUGCACCUCCAUCUGUCAGAAGUGGCUUUACAUUUAGUGCUCAUCCUGAGAAAGACGAAUUAAUCAUGUUUGGUGGAGAAUAUAACAACGGCAAUAAGACUUUUAUGUACAAUGAUCAGUUUAUAUACAACAUAAAAAAGGAUUCGUGGUCGGUCAUCAGAUGCCCUCUUAGUCCACCUCCACGCUGUGCCCAUCAGUUCAACACUUGGCUUAUGUCUAACGUUUCAUUUGAUAGAUAUUUUGUCAUUUUCUUAUUCGUAGUUAAAGGAGGAACAGAGGGGAAGUGGAAGUGGACACAAGUGAAACAAUCGGGUGUCAGACCAUCUCCUCGAUGUGGCUUCUCUUUGGCAAUAGCACCUGGAAAUAAAGCUUAUCUAUUUGGUGGUGUGUAUGAUGAAGAGGAUAGCGAUGAAACUUUAAAAGGCACUUUUUUUAACGAUCUGUACAUGUUGGAUGCUGAUAAAAACUGUUGGAUGCAACUACAGCUACAAGGGAAACGAGAGGAUGGAGAAAAGAAACGACGGAGACAAAAGAAAACCCAGAAUGAAACGGAAGGACAAAACAAUGAAGAAGAAGAAAUGAAUGAUGAUAAUACUGAUGUAGAAGAGGAAAGUAGGAAACUAGAAGAUCUCGAUCUGGAAUAUGAAAAUAAAAAGGAGGAAAUGGACAUCGUACGUGAGACAGAUGAUGGAAUAUUCACAGUUAAAAUUGGUCCUCCAACAUCGUCAACAGAAAGUAGUGCAUGUGAUGGAACAGCUUCUAGUAAGACAGUGUCAAGCAAGUCAGAAAGUUUUGUUCCAUGGCCAAGAAUGAAUGCCGGCAUGGUAGUAAAACAUAAAAUGUUGUAUGUUUAUGGAGGGUUAUACGAAGACGGUGAUCGGCAACUCACCUUGUCGGACUUCCAAUCAUUAGAUCUACACAAGUUAGACGAAUGGCACACUUUGAUAGAAUUAGACACUAAGUCUCAGCAGUGGCUAGAAUCCGAGUCUGAAGACGAUGAGGAGGUUGAAGAUGAAGAGAUGGAAGAGGCUGGUGCAGUGGGAGGAAUAGAAGAAGACAGCAGUGACUCUGAGGGAAUCUAAGAAACAUUGUAUGUAUUGUUUGAAGAAAUAAAUAUUAAACUGGUU